UGACACUGACAUCACGCAAUGGCGGGCACUGCAUUUCUCGAGCCGCGUGCAAGAAUGAUGCAGCGGAUACCGUCUCCGCAGUUAUCUCUCGUCGCCUCGACUUAAAUAACUAAAAGCAGACAUGCUAGACCAGAAGCAACUACUGUCGCGCCUCACGCAGCGCAAGCUCGAAAUCGAGGCUGCCAUUAGCGCGCAGCACGAGAUACUGAACGCCAACUCGAUCGGCAUGGACGAACCCCUGGUCGACAACGAAGGCUACCCGCGGUCCGACAUCGACGUUUACAAGGUUCGUCACGCGCGACACCGGAUCAUCUGCCUGCUCAACGACCACAAGGCGAUCAUGAAGGACAUCGAGAAGAGCCUGCACGUCUACCACGCUCAGCUGUCGCGAAACGGUGCCGACAACGGCGGCCCGGCGGCAGUGACGCAGCAGCAGAUCGUCGCGCACGGCGGCGGACCGGCAGCGGCGCCGCAACCUUUCGCCGUCGUCGGGAAGGUCGAGAACGGCUCGCCCGCCGACAUCGCCGGCCUCAGCGCGGGCGACAAGAUCGUGAAGUUCGGCUCCGUGAACGCCGAAAACUUCAAGGACGUGACUGACAUCGCCGCCGUCGUACAACACAGCGUGGGCAGACCCGUCAACGUGCUGGUGAAGCGCGGCGCGGACGCCGUGCCUGUGGUACUGACGCCCAAACAGUGGCGCGGCAAGGGCUUGCUCGGUUGCACUGUUCUCCCGAUGUCGUAAACGCCGCUUGCCCCGAGUGAUCACGGCAGAAAUUUUUCCCGUGAUGGCCGCCCUGGAGUGUCGGCGCAAGGUCUGAAGGCAACUUUGCUGUCUAAAAGCAGCACGUAGUACGCUGCGUGUCGUCUGCGUCGAGCGCGUGCUGUUUGUACACUUUCUGAAAUUAAAAGCGCGGCUUGUGGAACAGUAA